GAAAAGCAACAUGGCGAACCCAUUCUUAAUGGAUGAUGAUUUGGGGAGCGCUGAUGCUGACGCAACAGCUAACCCGUUCUUUUCAAAACUCGAUGGUGCAGAGAGCGUAGCGGAGAUAACGGAUAAUCCAUUUGGUGGUCAAUCGAAUCCUUUCGCUUUUGGAGAUGAACCUGAAGAGGGUCCUGCACCUGCAUCUGAUAUUGAUCCAGCAAUGAGUUUCUUUGGCACAACUAUUGAAGCGGAAGAUGAUACGCUCAGUAUUAAGUCCACCGCUGAAGAAGAAGAUGAAACUUCUAAGCGAGGUCCACCGCCCAGACCAGUGCCACCGCUAACACAGGAACUCAUUAAUACAGUUUCCAAUCAAAUGGAGGAGACAAGCUCAGAGUUGCUCGGACGUAUACCGGCCACUCGUUCGCCAAGCCCUGUUUCCAUGCGUGAUCUACAUUCGCCCAGCCCUACACCGGAUUCAGGUUUGGCUGAUCUUUUAGAUGUGUCCGAUAGUGCUUCGUCGAGCAAUACGCAAGGAUUUGACAUGGACUUAACUAGCAGUGGUGGCAAUAAUAGUGCCGACAACCCAUUUGGGGUGCCAACGGCCAUUCCUAGCUUACAUGGCGCCACACCAAUGCCAUCACCGGCCAAACAGCAACCCCCGCGACCCCCACCUCCACGUCCUUUGCCACCGAGACCGGCACCACCAAGUGGUGUGCCAGCGCAACAUAAUCAACCGCCUCCAAGACCAACUCCACCAGCACCAGAACCAGUCGCUCAGCCUGCUGAGCCACAAGAUUCUGAGGACCUAUUUGAUAUGUUUGGCACAACCAAGCCACCCAAACCUCCACCGCCAAAGACAAAGGAAGAUAUAUUAAGUCUAUUCGAAAAACCAACACAACCAAUGACUAAACCAGAUCUGUUAAGCGAUGAUCUAGUUUUGGAUUCUUCAACUGAAGCACCGGCUGAUGAACAAGACAAUGCAGGCGAAGAUCCUAUUUUUAGCUCAAUGCUAACACGACCUGAUGAGAGUACACAUGAUAUUACAUGCCAACCGCAGGCGGCAGACCUAAACAUAUCGAUGAUAAAUAACAUUGAAAGAAAGGAAUUAGUAAUCAACAACACUAAACCGCGUGCCCCAACUCCGGAUAUUGAAAUAACUACUGUAGAAGAUCUGCCACGAUCUGACGAUGAAGAUGAACCAGAACCAGAACCAGCACCUGUAAAACCUAUAACGCCAGUAGUCAUUGAAACGGAGCCAAGUCCCGAAGGCGAAGAGGACGAGAAAGAAGAAAUCGAAGCAAAUACUGCUGUAACUGCAGAACCCGCAGCAAAUACAUCGGUUGAUUCCGAUCAUAGUCCUCCUACAGAAUCUGCGGCAACCACACAAGCCGUGCCAGAAUCAUCGUUGGACGCUACUACCGAACAGCAGAAUAGUGAGUUUGAACAAAUGGAUACAGGUUUGGACUUUGCACCCGCCAGUGCAGUGGCAAGUGGGGCAGCUUCUGCAAAUCCUUUCGCUAGCCCUGAUGAGGAAGAAGAGACCUAUCCACCAACUUCUGUGGUGACGAAUAUUUUUGCAGUCGACGAUAUGGACGCUGCAGCAGUGACGAAUAUUUUUACUACAGCGACGGAUACGAUCACAACUUCUGCUGUGCCAAUGAAUAUUUUUGCAGUGGAUGCUGAACCAGAAACAGUGGCAGUUACGGCACCAUCAUACACAGCUAAUAAUAUCUUCGCCAGUGAACCGGAUGAAUUUGAUGCUUUCUCCGCCAAAUUUGAUUCCGUUAAGAAGGAUAAUAUAAGUAUACUUGAUGGCUUUGGUGGUGGUUCUGGUGCAGUGACACCAUCGGGCGGAGAUGCUUGGGGUGAUAGCGCAUUUGGUUCACCUGCUGCAACCACCAACGCCUUUGGCGCAACCGAUGGUUUCGAAAAUGAGGAUGAUGAGUUUUACGCAAUGAAAGCACCCGUUCGCGCUGAAUCUGUGGAGUCUGUAGACAAGGAAUUUAAUGUUGUCAUCCGACCUAAAGGUGAUAGCACACACGCAAUUGCACCGCAAUUGGCACCACCACCGCCACCGGCACGCGCGACCAGCGGUCAACUCUCAAGCGAUACAUCGCCUGCUGUUAACCCAUUUGAGGAUACAGGCUUCCCAGCACCAGCUCAAAGUGGCGAAAAUAAGGUCCAACGCACUGAUUCCCAGGAAACACCACAAACACCGUUGUUCGAUGAAGACGUAUCACAGCCCCUCGAAGAUUUUCCACGUUUGAAUUAUGUCGGACCUGGUUGGGAAAUGCAACUACGACAACCGAACAAAAAGAAAAUAACCGGCCAGAGGUUCUGGAAGAAAAUCUUUGUGCGCUUGGUGAUACAGAACGAUGUGCCUGUCGUGCAAUUGCUCAAUCAGCCAUCAGACAAGCAACCAUUCCAAGAAUUGCCCCUUCAGCCCUCCUAUUCUGUCUCCGAGAUCGGCGCACAACAGUACGAUCAGUUUGGAAAGAUUUUCACCAUAAAGCUACAGUACAUAUUCUAUAAAGAACGCCCCGGUGUGCGACCAGGACAAGUGACUAAAGCAGAACGGAUCACUAAUAAACUUACAAAAUUUGCACAAUAUGCCAUUGCGGGCGAUUACGAGGGCGUGAAGGAGUUUGGAAGUGAUUUGAAAAAGUUGGGCUUACCUGUUGAACAUGCGCCACAAUCAUCGCAACUAUUUAAGAUUGGAUCGAUGAACUACGAAGACAUGAAACAGUUCUCGGUAUGUAUCGAAGAGGCACUCUUCCGUUUGCCGGCGUUGCGUGAACGCGCGCUAACCUAUAAAAUGGAGGAGGUACAGGUGACGGCAGUCGAUGAAAUUGUUGUAGAGCAGGACUAUGAGGGCAAAAUUUUGAAACAAAUAGCGCGUGUGCGUCUGUUCUUUCUAGCUUUUCUCACAGGUAUGCCCACUAUCGAAUUGGGCGUGAAUGAUAUGUGGCGCCAGGGCAAAGAAGUGGUGGGCAGACACGACAUCAUACCUGUAGCCACCGAGGAGUGGAUACGAUUAGAAGCUGUCGAAUUUCAUAGUGUGGUUAAUCAAGACGAGUAUGAGAAGACGCGUACAAUUAAGUUCCAGCCACCGGAUGCGAAUUAUAUAGAGUUACUACGUUUCCGCGUGCGUCCACCCAAAAAUCGCGAACUUCCAUUACAGCUCAAAGCCACUUGGUGUGUAACCGGCAAUAAGGUCGAGUUGCGUGCCGAUAUACUUGUGCCGGGCUUUACUUCACGCAAAUUGGGGCAAAUACCAUGCGAAGAUGUCUCUGUGCGAUUUCCCAUACCGGAAUGUUGGAUCUACUUAUUCCGCGUAGAGAAGCACUUUAGGUAUGGCUCUGUCAAGUCUGCCCACAGACGUACCGGCAAAAUUAAAGGCAUUGAACGCAUUUUGGGUGCAGUCGAUACGCUGCAAGAGUCACUAAUCGAGGUCACCUCAGGGCAGGCGAAAUAUGAACAUCAUCAUCGCGCGAUCGUUUGGCGUUGUCCGCGCUUGCCAAAAGAGGGACAAGGCGCUUAUACUACACAUCAAUUGGUUUGUCGCAUGGCACUCACCUCCUACGAUCAAAUACCGAGCGAACUGGCACCCUAUGCCUUCGUCGAAUUCACAAUGCCAGCGACACAAGUCUCACAUACGACAGUGCGUUCGGUGAGCGUACAGGACUCGGAUGCCGAUGAGCCGCCAGAAAAAUAUGUGCGCUAUUUGGCAAGGCACGAAUACAAGGUUGGCAUUGAGACCACACAUGGCGAAUCCACAAAUGCUUACUUGGCAGCUACGCGUCCGAUACGUGAGGAGCCAGCACCUAAACCAGUGGCAUCUCCAGUGCCACCAAGUGAUUCGGAUACAGAUUCGAAUUAAGAAUGCGAUAGGGCAGUUAAGGUAUAGCGUACAUAAAAAAAACUACAAUACAUACAUACAUAUAUAUACUCAAAAUACAUACGUACAUACAGCGCAUACAUAGAGACAAAAAAUAAGCCAAGGCCACUAGAAUGAUACUUGUUAAUGUAGAAAUAAUUCAUAAAAGCAGAAAAACCAAAGCUUGAAACACAAAGACAAAAAACAAAAACAAAAAAAAAAUAAUAAAAAAAAGAAGUUGUUAAAAAUUCAUAUACAUACAUACAUACAUGCAUAGUUAAUAUAUUUUAAAAAGUCAGUAAUGCGGCAAUAUUUUGUUGACACAUAAAUUUUUGUUGACACACACACACAUACGCAU